GAGGGGGGUGGGGGGUGUUCUACUGCGUAUAUAAAGGUCAAUACGUGAUGAGAUUUGAAGUGACGCUUAGAAUAAGAGGUGAUCUUGGAUAGUGCGCUGUACCAUCCUCGUUCUUCGCUGACACGAUGCAUCUGAAGCUGUCCGUGUUGGCUAGCACCUUUGCGUGCGCGGCCUCUUUAGCUGCCGCUGUUGAUAUAUCCGUAAAGUCGACUGGUGGUAAUGCCACCAGUGGUCAUCAAUAUGGCUUCCUACAUGAGGACAUCAAUAAUUCGGGCGACGGCGGUCUCUACGCCGAGCUAAUCCGCAACCGAGCCUUCCAGAUCAGUGAUCGCUACCCAGCUUCACUCGACGGAUGGCAUUCCGUGAAUGGCGCCAAGCUAUCGUUGAAAAACCUCAGCACGCCGCUAUCCGACGUUUUGGUUACUUCCCUGAACGUUGCAGCUCCCAAGGGACAAGGUCAGGUAGGCUUUCUAAAUGACGGGUACUGGGGUAUGGACGUCAAGGCUCGCAGGAAAUACAGCGGUUCGUUCUGGGUCAAGGGCACGUAUUCCGGCCAAUUUACUGCCUGUCUGCGGUCGAAUAUCACAGGCCAGACUUUUGGGAGCGUGAAAGUCAAGUCGCAAUCUACCGCUGAUCAGUGGACGGAACAUGCCUUCGAGUUGACUCCUUCGCAAGAUGCACCAAAUUCUAACAAUUCGUUUGCCGUCACGUUUGAUGCCUCGGGCGCAGAGGCAGGGUCGCUUGACUUCAAUCUCAUCAGUCUCUUCCCUCCUACAUUCAAAGGACGGAAAAAUGGGAUGCGUCUCGACAUCGCAGAGGCGUUGGAACAAUUUCACCCUACCCUCUUUCGUAUUCCGGGUGGCAAUAUGCUUGAAGGCUUGACAAACAAGACAUGGUGGGACUGGAAGAACACUCUCGGCCCCCUGAAGAACCGACCCGGCUUCACGGGUGUAUGGGGAUACCAACAAACCAACGGCUUAGGGUUACUUGAAUACCUAGAGUUUGCAGAGGACUUGGGAAUGGAGAUUGUCCUCGGCGUCUACGACGGCCUCUCUCUCAACGGGGACGUCACACCACAAGAGGACCUACAAUACUUUAUCGACGACGCCCUCAACGAAAUCGAAUUUGUCCGCGGACCCGCCGACUCCAAAUGGGGCUCCGUCCGCGCUCAGCUAGGGCACCCGGAGCCCUGGAAGCUGGAAUAUGUGGAAAUCGGCAACGAAGACUGGCUUUCCGGAGGCUGGGACACGUUCAAGGAGUACCGAUUCCCGUUAUUCCUCGAGGCCAUUAACAAGGCGUACCCGGAUAUCCAAGUUAUAUCCUCGGGCUCGGUCUACGACGGAUACGAUAUCCCGGCACCAGCAGGUGGCGACUACCACGUGUAUUCCGUGCCAGACAUACUUGUUUCUGAGUUUUCAAAGUUCGAUAAUGUGAAACAACCGCAUAUCAUUGGCGAGAUGGCAGCAGUCCAUCCGAAUGGUGGUUCUGGCUGGAAUGGGCCGCAACGACAGUUUCCCUGGUGGAUAGGUUCCGUUGGUGAGGCCGUGUCACUCAUCGGCUACGAACGCAAUGCAGACAGAAUCAUCGGAGCGGCAUUUGCACCGAUCCUUCGGAAUAUGAACCGCUGGCAGUGGGAAAUCACGUUAAUCCAGUUCACUGCUGACAAGGUUACUCGAUCUACGUCUUGGCACGUAUGGGAGCUUAUGGCGGCCCAUACCCUAACAGAGACAUUGCCGGCAAAUUCGGAGUUUGGUCCGCUCUACUACGUGGCUGGAAAGAAUAAUAAGACAGGAGGACACAUUUUCAAAGCAGCAGUCUAUAACUCAACGGACGGUGCUGAUGUCCCUGUCAAACUAUCUUUCGAGGGUGUUAAACAGGGAACGACUGCCGAGUUGACUAUCCUCACGGGACCGGAAGAUCCAUAUGGUUUCAAUGACCCGGCUACCGUAAUCGACGUUGUGAAGACUAGCAAGCAGACAAUACGAUCCGACAAGACCGGUAGCUUUCAGUUUUCGUUACCCAACUUGAGCAUUGCCGUCUUGGAUACGAGCCCCCCGAAGUCUCGCCGCUGGAAUAGAGCAACAGGCAAGGGUUGAUCUUCUGAGUUAUCUCGGCCAUUAAUAUGCUAGAUUAUGCUAGAUUAUGCUAGAUUAUGACAUACAAUAUAAAUAAUAUCUGUUGGCAA